AUGAAUUUCAUACAUUUUUCUAUCGUAUUAAUAUUUAUUAUUAAUUGUUCUGCUGGUCCACUUGAAGAUAUGGCCAAUAUGCCUGAUUUAACAGUAUUUUAUCAACAAUUAAUGCGUCAACAAGAUAUACAAAUGUUAUUACAAGGUGCUUAUCCUCAACAACAAUUAGGUAGUAUGCAUGAUUUUACAAUAUUUGCACCAAAUAAUGAUGCUAUGAUGCAUCUUAAUCGAAAAAAUGAAGAUCCAAAUUUACUUUGGAGAUAUCAUAUUGUACCUGGACGUUAUGAUGAACAAAUAUUAUAUAAUAUGGCACAAACAAAAUUUAAUCAAGCUAAUCCAAGACAAAUGAUUGGUAUUCGAGCACAAAAUAAUUUACCAACAAUAGCAUUACCUUUUCAAGUUUUUUAUGGUCUUGGAUUUUAUGGUGGAACAGGUCCACAUGUAAAUGAAAGUUAUGAUAAUGCUGGUUAUGGUUUAGGUGGAAUAUCUUGGUUAACACAUACAUCACUUAAUCAAACAAAUUUAUUAGAAAAUAAUAUUCCAAUUAAACCACCAUUCAUGAAUAAUUAUAAUCAACAACAAAAUUUUUUUUCAAGACAAAGUAGUUCAUUACCAAAUAGUCCAAAUUUAUUUCCACAAAAUUUAACAAAUAAUUAUAAUAAUGCUUUUAAUCCAAGUAUUAAUACACAAUAUUUUCAAAAUCCUCCGAUAUCAAAUAUGAAUUUUAAUCCGUAUAUUCAACCACCAAAUUAUGGGCAAACAGGACCUGGUGGAAAUGUUGGUGUAUUACGUCCUACUAUUAACAAUGCGUUCAUAUUACACACACGUCGAAUGAGUCGUGGUAUAAUUCAUGUAAUUGAUAGUAUUUUAUGGCCACCUGAAAGACGUGAUCAAACACAAUAUAAAACAGCUUAUGAUGCACUUGAAGAUAGACAAUUUUCACGUCUUCGACUAAUAGCUGAACGUAGUGAUUAUUUUCGAUCUGAAUUACGUUCAAUGCAUCAUCAAACAUGGUUUUUACCAAAUGAUGAAGCAUUUGAUAGUAUGGGUACAACUUUAAAUUUUUUAUUUGAACCAUUUUCUAUCAAUAAUACUAAUGAUAUAAAUGAAUUUAUUAAAUCACAUGUUAUUCCAUUAGUAUUAUAUCCAAAUACAAUGGAUGCAACUAAACACAUAACAACAUUAAGUGAUAAUAAAGGGAUUACAUUUCGUAAAGUAUCACAACCAGAUCAUUCAUUUCAAGUUGAUGUUAUUUGUGGUCGACAUGUAGCACGUAUUUUAGUUCAUCGUCCAGAAGAUAUUCGAUUAUAUGGUAAUGGUAUUGUCUAUCCUAUAUCAACUAUUCUUAGUACACGAAUUCGAUCAGCUGCAGAUGAACUAUCACGAAGUUAUGAAUAUUUUAUUAAUCUUGUUCAGCAAUCAGGUGAUUUAGAAUUAAUGAAUAUAUUACAAGGUGCACCUAAUAUGAAUAUAUAUAAUCCACAAAAUCUAUUUAAUAUAACUGUACUUAUACCACAACAGAUAGCUAUUCAACAAUUGGGAAAUGCACGAGAACUUAGUAUGCAUUUACGUCGACAUAUUUUACAAUUUUCAGUUUAUACAGAUGAAUCGACGUCUCCACCAAUAAUGCAAAAUUCAUUUACUCAACAAAAUAUAUAUCAAACUGGAUUACAACAACAAGAACCGCCACUAAUACCUCAACCACAACAACCAAUAAUUCCUCAACAACAACAACCAUUUAUUCCUCAACAGCAACAACAACCGUUCAUUCCUCAACAACCAAUAAUUCCUCAACAACAACAACCAUUUAUUCCUCAACAACAACCAUUUAUUCAAGGUGGUUUUAACCAACAACAACAAUUUCAAAUGCCACCAUUUCAACGAAUUGGCUCUCGAUUAGACAAAAAAGAACCACGACGUCGUAGACAAAUAAAUAUUGCAUCAAAUACAAAUUUUCAAUCACAACAAUAUUCUCAACAGCAAAUGCCUAAUCAACCAAUACUACCAGUCCAACAACAAUCGUCUAAGCAACAGAUGUUACCUUUUCAACAACAACAACAAUUCAAUCCAAAUCCUUAUCAAAUGCCUUCGUAUCAAUCUUCAGCUAACUUUCAACAUGGUCAAAUCUAUCCAACAAUGGAUCCACAAUAUUCUAUUCAAGCACAAAUAUCUACUGGUGUACAAGGAAAUAUUGUAACACUUAUCGGUCGAUCAAUGAAUUCUUUACCAUUUACAGCAACAAUAGUUAAUAGUGAAUCAAAUAUUCCAGUUAAAAAUGGUGUUAUGCAUGUAAUUCGAGGUAUUGUAUCUGGAAUGAUUAUUCCACUUGAAGGAAUUCUUACAUCAUUACAAGGAACACAAUCAUUUACACAAUUACUUCAACAAACACGUGUUAUUGAAGAAUUGAAACAAACAAAUCGUCCAUAUACAUUAUUUAUUCCAACAAAUGCAGCAUUACAAUCUGUUGGUAUAACAACAAAUAUAAAUCAAUUAAGACGUUUUGUUCUACGUCAUAUAUGUGCUGAUGUUCUUCUCGAUCCAUUGAAUAAUAUAUUACGUCGUUCAGCUGGUUUUUAUAGUUAUAAUCAAAAUCUCAAAAACAAACCAAAACAACAACAACAACAACGGUCUCGUCAAAAACGACAAUAUUGGAUGUAUAAACGACGAAAUGAUUCAAGAGUUAUAAAUAGACAAGGUUUACAACCAUUGGAUCUUGGUCCAGGUUAUUUCCAACCACAACAACAAGCUUAUGGUGGUUAUCCAUCUGCUCCAUCAUCAUUUAGUUCUAAUAAUCAAUUGUAUAAUCCAGGUUAUGCUAUAGGUGGUUAUGUAUCAUCAAAUUCAGCAUAUUUUCCAGGUUAUAAUGGAACUAAUUCAAAUAAUCAAAAUUUUAAUUAUAAUAAUAAUAAUAAUAAUAAUAUGGGAACUAUAAUUCAACCAAUAUCGAAUACUGCUUGGAAUGCAACAAGAUAUGUUCCUUUUAAUUCACAAGUUAAUAAUGGACCUAAUAAUGAGGCACAAAAUUUUUAUACAAAUACAGGUGGUUAUGUUAGUGGAUCAGCUUAUACUAGUGGACCACAAUCUUGUAUUUCAAUGACCGGUGAACGUAUUACAGUUCAGUCAUUAGUUGGUACUCAACCAGAAAUCAAUACUCCAAGUAUGUCAUAUCAAAAUUUUAUUGUAACAUGUUGUAAUGAUCGAUCAGUUAAUGCUAUGGUACAAUCAUAUAAUGUUUAUCCACCAAAUUUUGCUGUUUAUUUAAUUGGUCGUUCAUUACUUUCACAAGGUCAAACAAUCAAUACAAUGUAUAAUUCUGCAACAAAAUCUAUUUCUUCUUAUUUCAUUUUCUUUAUUAUUAUUAUAAUUUUUAAACAAACACAUCAAUUUUAA